AUGGUGAAACUUCAGCUGCCAAAUCCUGGUCUGGAUUUGAGAAUACCUUCUCACAGGGAACUAGAAACGAUAGAGGCCACAGAAGCAGACUCAAGACCCAAAUGGGACAAUAAAGCACAGUACAUGCUCACCUGUAUUGGGUUUUGUGUAGGCUUGGGCAAUGUAUGGCGCUUCCCCUAUCUCUGCCAGAGCCACGGAGGAGGAGCUUUCAUGAUCCCUUUCCUCAUCUUGCUUGUCCUGGAAGGCAUCCCUUUGCUCCAUCUUGAAUUUGCCAUUGGACAGAGACUCAGAAAAGGUAGCGUGGGAGUCUGGAGUUCUAUCCAUCCAACCCUGAAGGGAGUAGGAAUUGCAGCAAUGUUGGUCUCCUUUCUUGUGGGAUUAUACUAUAAUACAAUUAUUGCCUGGGUGAUGUGGUAUUUCUUCAACUCCUUUCAAGACCCGCUGCCCUGGAGCGAAUGUCCACUUAAUGACAACAGAACAGAUUUCACAGAGGAAUGUGCAAAGAGCUCUCCAGUCGAUUAUUUUUGGUACAGGGAGACCUUAAACAUCACCAGUUCUAUUGACGAUUCUGGAAGUGUACAAUGGUGGCUUUUGCUCUGCUUGGUUUGCGCCUGGGCAGUACUGUAUGUGUGCACAAUCAGGGGCAUUGAAACAACAGGAAAGGCAGUAUAUGUGACUUCAACCCUUCCAUAUAUUGUCCUGACCGUUUUCCUGAUCCGUGGCCUGACUCUGAAAGGAGCUACCAGUGGUAUUGUUUUUCUGUUUACACCAGAUCUGGCUGAAUUGGCUAACCCUGUCACCUGGCUAGAUGCUGGAGCCCAAGUGUUCUAUUCUUUUUCUCUUGCUUUUGGUGGCCUCAUCUCAUUCUCCAGCUAUAAUUCAGUCCACAAUAAUUGUGAAAAGGAUGCUGUGAUCAUUUCUGUGAUAAAUGGCUUCACAUCCAUUUAUGCAGCCACAGUCAUAUAUUCAAUCAUUGGAUUCAGAGCAACAGAAAGAUAUGAUGAUUGUUACAGCAGAAAUAUACUCACUUUGAUGAAUGCAUUUGAUUUGCCCGAUGGUAACAUAACCGAGAACAAUUUUCUAGAGAUACAAGAUUGGUAUAACACGACAAAGCCAGAAAUCUUUUCAACCCUGAAUUUUGAAAACUGUGACUUGAACGCAUUUUUAACUGAUGGAGUAGAAGGAACUGGUUUAGCCUUUAUUGUCUUCACUGAAGCCAUCACCAAAAUGCCCAUUUCUCCACUCUGGUCAAUCCUCUUCUUUAUCAUGCUGUUCUGCUUGGGUUUAUCAUCUAUGUUUGGGAAUAUGGAAGGUGUGCUGGUACCUCUGCAAGAUCUGAGAGUUAUACCUAAAAAAUGGCCUAAAGAAGUUAUUACAGGACUGAUUUGUUUGGGAUCUUUCUUGAUUGCCAUUAUUUUUGUGCUGAGAUCUGGUAACUAUUGGUUGGCUCUUUUUGAUAGCUUUGCUGGAUCCAUUCCCUUGUUGAUAAUAGCCUUUUGUGAGAUGUUUUCAGUUGUCUACAUAUAUGGGAUAGACAGAUUUAAUGAUGACAUUAAGUUCAUGAUUGGGCACAAACCCAACAUUUUCUGGCAAGCCACCUGGAGGUUUAUCAGCCCCAUCAUCAUGUUAAUUAUCUUCCUCUUUUACUUUGUGGUGAAAGUUAGUGAAAAUUUAGAAUACAUCACCUGGGACCCCAGUUACGAGAAUUUCCCAAAAUCAAACUCAGUGGGUUAUCCUGACUGGGUUUAUGUCAUCAUUGUGAUCCUCGCAGGAGUGCCUAGCUUGGUUAUCCCUGGCUAUGCCCUAUACAAAGGUCUCCGAAAUUACUUCAAGGGAGAAGAUCCUGCACCGCGAGAUUUGGUCAAUGCCAUAUCAGAAAUAUCAAUAAACGGGGAGCUGAAGAAUACAGCAUAG